AUGUCUCUUGGUGCUAACAUAGCACCCAUGGUUUCCUCAUACACCGCAAACUCUAUUCCUACGACACCCCCAAGACCCUCCACUGGAAUAGCAAACUUCUCCCCUUUGGAGUCACGCCACACCCGCGGCAAUAGCCAUCCGCCCAGUGUCCCUGGGUCGCCACAAAGCAAUGCCACUGGCUCACCAAGGUCGAUACAACGACCUUUCCCGACACCGACGCCCUAUAAUUCGUCCUUUCGACAAUCCGUGAUCUCCGGCACUACCUCUCUCAAAGAAAGCGAUAUCGAUUCACUGCGUAAUAGCAGUGUCUCUCAUUUCCGUACCUUAUCCCGAAUAAAGAAUGAAGGUUCCAAUGAGGAAUUUGCCAUUGAUGCUGGGCAGGACGUAGCGGGGAUGUAUGGUCGGAAGCGAUUACAGAGAGCAAAUACCGAUAACCUGACAAGUUGGGAAAGAAUGAAUUGGAUGGACAAGCGGCGGCAGUACAUCCAAGCUUACGAGUACUUGUGUCAUAUCGGCGAAGCCAAAGAGUAAGCCCCAUCUAAGAUUCAGCAUGUGUGCUCAGCUUACCCGGUUUUUGAGCAGAUGGUUAGAAAACUGCAUUGGCGAACCAAUCCCCCCAGUUGUCGAGCUGGAGGAAGCACUAAGGGAUGGUGUGACUCUCGCGAAGUUGGUACGGGUAUUCGCGCCCGAAUUGGUGCCCAGAAUAUUCGAAGCAAAAAAGCUACAAUUUCGCCAUUCAGACAACAUAGACCGCUUCUUCAAAUUCCUCAAGAGAGUCGAGCUUCCAGAAGUAUUGCCCCCCUUUAUCCUCAGCAGCUGCACUCAGGGUCAUCGGCUAACCCACCAUAGAUCUUCAUAUUCGAACUCACUGAUCUUUACAACAAAAAGAAUAUCCCCAAAGUAAUUUAUUGCUUACACGCACUCUCUUAUCUCCUCAUCCGCCUUGGUCUUACGGAUAAUUCUAUUGGUAAUCUCGUUGGAAAACUUGAAUUCACGGAAGCCGAAAUUCAAAAUACCCAGCGAGGUCUUGAUAUGGCUGGAGUCAGUCUACCUUCUUUCCGAGGCGUGAACAAACAUUUCGGCGAUGUAGAGCCAGAACCGGAGCCGAUUGAAUCAGAAGAGGAUAGGAUCGAAAGGGAAUUGAAAGAGCUGGAACCAGACAUAACCGAGUUGCAGAGAUUAUGCAGAGGGUUUCUGGUCCGCAACAGGUUGGGCCACCAUAUGGAACUCCUUUGGGAUUCGGAGGAUUCGAUCACCGAAUUACAGGCCCUUAUCAGAGGGAUGUUUUCCCGUAUAGCGUUCGGAUAUAAGGUAGACAUGGCCAAAUGGGCCAGAGACGUUCAGGCACACACCAGAGGUUACCUCAUUCGACAAGCUAUAUUACGCCAAUUACGACACUUUACGAGCCACGAGAGAUUGAUCAUACGACUUCAGGCCCGAUACCGAGGAAGAGAAUUAAGGGAGAGGUUCAGGAAACAGAGGGUGGAACUGGAACUAGCAAUGAUUGGAAUUACGGAGUCACAAGCCGCCGCAAGGGGUAUGCUGUUAAGGGCGAAACUGUGCGCUCAAAUGGGUGAUCUAUAUGAGAAUGAGGGCGAUGUCAUGGAUCUCCAAGCAAGAGCCAGGGGUGCUUUGUUGCGGAUGAGUCUCGCUGUCAAGAUGGGCGAUGUUUUCGAAAGUGAGCAAGGAAUCACCGAUGUACAAUCCGUAAUCCGUGGAGUGCUGGCGCGGAGGAAGAAAGACCGUCUGCUAAGCGACUUGAAUGAUGCCGGGAAGGAAGUUACAGCACUCCAGGGAGCCAUCCGAGGGGGGUUCGUGAGGAAAAUGAUUUCAAAAGAUGCUGAAAAUUUAGAAAAAGCCGAUGAUUCUCUCACCAGAAUUAUUGCCGGUGCCCGAGGUAUGCUUGUGAGGAAAGCCAUCCGACAAGAUCUCGCAGCCUUGAAGGAAGUAGAGAUCAUGAUUUCGAUACUACAGGCCGCCGCUCGGGGUGCAUUGAUCAGGAAAACGAUGGAGAGAGACCAAGGAACCCUCCAAGCCGAGGACGAUGUUCUUCCAUACCUUCAGGCGGCCAUUAGAGGCUAUGUGGUUCGUCAGAACUUCGGCUCAGACAAAGCAGCCGUUGAGGCCAACGCGGAAUUGUGGACCAGACUACAGGCUAUCGGAAGAGCAACCCUUGUCAGAGCGGAAUACCGGCGGAAGCUAGAGCUUCUCGAGGAGGCUUCCGAAGAGGUGAUACAACUUCAAGCCCAUGUCCGGGGUGCCCUAGCCAGGAGCGCCUUUGACGCCAUACUGGAUGAGCUGGUUGCCCAAAUUGGAGGGGUGGUUGACUUGCAAUCAAGAGCUCGGGGCACGCUCCAACGCUGGGCUGUCUCGGACAUUCUAGAUGCCCUCGAUAGUGAGGCUGACAGUAUCACUGAUGUCCAAGCACACACUCGUGGAUUCCUAUUUCGCCAACGGCAAGGGCGAUUCCUAGAUGAACUAUUUUCCAAAAUAGAUUCGAUCAUCGAAACGCAAGCUGCAAUACGGGGAGUUCUGGUCAGAAGUUAUGUGGACGAUAUCAUUCUAGCAGUUCAGGACGAAGAGGGUGCAAUUAUUGAGCUUCAGGCUAUGGCACAAGGCUUUUUACAGAGGAAAGUAUUCUGCGGGAAACUAAAGCAUUUUAAGGAGAACAUGGAGAAGGUUGUGAAGAUUCAGAGUUUUGUUCGAGCAAAGCAGCAAGGGGAGGCCUAUAAGUCACUAAGUAAGGACCAUUCGCUAUCCCAAUGAUAAAAUCACAUACUUAUGCUUCUCUCUCUAGUGGGCGGUAAGAAUCCACCAGUCGGGACCGUGAAGAACUUUGUCCACCUUCUCAAUGACAGCGAUUUUGAUUUCGACGAAGAAAUCGAAUUUGAAACGCUUCGGAAGAAUGUUGUCCAGCACGUCCGAGCCAAUGAGCUGGCCGAAGCCUACGUCAGUCAGCUUGACAUCAAAAUUGCCUUGCUUGUAAAGAACAAGAUCACCCUGGAUGAGAUCAUCAAACACCAAAAGCGAUUUACCGGCCAUGUCGGAAAUCUACUCAGCAAUACAGCAAUAGCUAGCUCCGAUCCCUUUGACCUCAAGGCCCUCAACAAUAACUCUCGUAAGAGGCUCGAGCGUUACCAACAAAUGUUUUUCGCCCUGCAGACCCAGCCACUAUACCUCACUAGAUUAUUCAAACGAGUUCGGGAGCAGAAUACCCCUGAUCAAGAGAUGAAGAAAAUCGAAAAUUUAGUGAUGGGAAUUUUCGGAUACGCUCAGAAGAGACGCGAGGAGUACUACCUACUAAAGCUGAUUGCAAAGAGUAUCAAGGAGGAAGUGGACAACUGCAGCCGUCCAGAAGAGUACCUGAGAGUGAACUUCUUUUGGAUGAAACUAGCCAUGAAUUACAUUCGAUCACCAAGGGAUAGAAAGUUCAUGCGGCACGCCCUUGGCACCCUAGUUAGGGAGGAAUUUAUCGAGAACGAGGAGCUCGACCUCGAAUGUGAUCCCCAGCAAAUUUACUUAUCGUCCAUCAACAAUGAGGAACUCCGAACUGGUCAAAGAUCGAGGCGUGAUCCAAGCGUUGGCCGUGACAUAGCAAUCAAGGACCAAGAAACCCGAGAAACCUUUGUCGCUCACCUCUCUGCUCUGAGGAACCUUGCGUACGACUUCAUAAGCUCUCUCGAAGACAAUCUCAACCUCAUGCCAUAUGGCAUAAGAUAUAUCGCCCAACAAUCUGUUAAAGCACUCACAGAGCGGUUCCCCGAUGAAAGCGAGGAAGCGAUCCUGCAAAUUGUUGAGCAUUUCAUAUACCAGAAGUAUUGGGGCCCCGCCGUAGUGGCUCCCGAGAGCUAUGGUAUUGUCGAGAAAACCCCGACUCCGAUGCAGAAGAAAAACCUCGCUGAACUUGGGAAGCUCUUGAAUCAAAUUUCCAGUGGACGUCUCUUUGCACAAGCCAAUCUCUUCUUACAGCCUCUCAAUCACCACAUCCCCGAGGCAGUUGACCGGAUGAAGAGCAUCUUCAGGACAAUCGUUAGCGUUCCUGAUUUGAAAACGCGUUUCGACAUGGACGAGUUUGAAGAUCUCACAAGCAAAGAGAAACCUACUCUUUAUAUCAAGAUGUCAGACAUCUUCACCAUCCACCGUUUGAUUGCCCAGGACAUUGAAUCAAUUGCGCCUAGCAAGGAAGAUCAGAUGAGAGUCAUUAUCAGUGAGCUUGGCAGUGUCAAGACUUCAGAAGCUGAGCUGAAGAAUGUUGGGAAUACCGAGAUUGGGCUCCACCUUGACCCUCACUUCCAGAAAAUUGAAGACCCGGAUAGCGAGGUUAACGCACUAUUCGUUGAAACUAAACGUUGCAUUCUUUACAUCAUCCGCGUACAGACCGGCUCCAAUCUUAUGGAAAUUCUCGUAAAACCUAUCGCAGCCGAGGAUGAGGAACGGUGGGAGAUCCUCCUAGAGGAAGAGCGAGCGCAAACUGGAAAAAAGAAUGCUUAUGCGGACGCGACAGCCCUUUGUGGCAUCAAUUCGUAAGUAUUUUCUCCCUGAUCCCAGUACAGCGCUAACAUAACCCACAGCAUGACAUACGGAGAGCUCAAGAGGACUGCCUUAGAAUGUAUAAUUCGAUUAGAAUCAACUGGGAAAAUCACUCGCAAGAACCAGUACCAGGAUCUUUUAAACGCCAUCGCGCUCGAUAUCCGAACGAAGCACAGACGCCGAGUCCAGCGAGCCAGGGAAGUUGAAGGUGUCAAAUUAACGCUUGCGCAUUUGAACGAGAAGGCCGUCUACCUAGAGGGCCAACUUCAGAGCUACAACGACUACAUCGAACAGGCGAUGGUUACCCUCCAGACCAAGAAGGGGAAAAAGAAGGUUGUCCUUCCUUUCACUCGACAGUAUUUCCAUAUGCGAGAACUUCAGAAAUCUGGCCGGGUGCCCGAAUUUGGAUCUUUCAAAUAUAAUGCAAGAGGAUUGGCAGAUAAAGGUGUGUUAGUGAGUUUGGCGGGCUUUCCUGAGCGGAAAUGGGAUAAAAUUGGCUUCACUAUCUCCUCUGAAGUAAUCGGUGUUUUCCAUAUUGAAGCCAGCAAUGGCACUAUGAUGGUUCCCGGGGCCAGCGCAGAUGUCUUGUUGGACGAUUUAUUACAGGUAUGCCAGUUCAAAAACGAGCAUAAGUCAUUUGAGAAACUAACACCCCUUUAGAGACAGUUCCACAACAACCAGUUUCUGGUGGUGUGUGAUGGUAUGAUCAAGUUUAACGUAAACUUGCUUCUUCAUCUUAUCUUCCGGAAGUUCUACCGGGACGAAUGAACGGUGUCUUCUACUGUUUCUCAUGCCUUUUUAGCGUUCCUUCUAUUGUUCUUGAAUCAUAGCACAAAAUCAUAGCAUGUUCUUUCCUUGGUUGGGUACAGCGGUAUUGAAGUAGGGUUGGGUAUAAAAGUGGCCGGCUGGAUACUAGGGGUGAGGCGUUCUCUUGUCUAUCAUACCACUCUUCUUUGUAUGUGUUUUCUUGUUUUCUCCCGUUUCCCAGAGCAUUCAUGCCAGGGACUAUUCUCCCGUCCAGUUUUUACUCAAGCUAAACCCUUUCUCCCUUUCUUUGUAAAUCGCUCAUGUUUUCUCUUUAUUUUUGGUGGGAGUUGGCUUCUUUCGUCCCUAACUUUCUCGUUUUCCCUUUUUAUUAUCUCUUCGCGAUGGGCUGGCCUGGACAACAGAUACUCAUAUCUUAUACCCUUCUUUUCCCUGAAUGGGUCAUUGCUGUAAAACUCCGAUUUACAAUACAGUCUGCUCCAGUGCUGUGAGACUAGCACCGGGAGCACCGUACCCGUGCAGAAAAU